UUUGUAGAACACAACCGGUAAUAAUGGCCCUGAAUUCCUGAAUUCUGCAAGCUCAUCUGCAUCAGCCCACCAAUGUCUUCUGCCAAUUCCGAGCAAUCACACUCGCCUGUCUCUGUGGUCUCUCCUACACAAACUGCACCCACGUUGAUCUUCAAGAGAUCCCAAUGGCCUUUAUCUAGUUCUAAGUCUUAUCUACAUAAUUAUGAUAGCCUAAGAUACAGUAAUUGAAAAAGAUGAUGCUCAGUACGUUGUAGUUCAAACUGAAAAGGGCAAAUUGUGCAUUUAUGGCGGCAACAACUUCAUGCACCAGUAACUGCACCCCUGCGCACUUUAUCUUUAUGACGCAGAGCUACCAAAUUCAGAUUCAUUGCUUCCUAUUUUCCAUUUCUGCCGAGUGCGAACAAACUGAAAGAAAGAACAAAUUCUUAUCAGAAAGCAAUUCCAUAAUCCACGUCUCACAGUCACAGCCAAAAGUUAGUGGAGGCAAAGCAUUGGUUCGUACAAACCCUCGAUCGGGAACUGAUGACGCCCAACUGACAAUUGUGCUAUUUUAUGGACGUCAUGAUUGUCUUUAGAUCUCCUUUUCUCUCCUGCAACAAGAAGCAAUUGUCGGAAAAAUCUGGGAUUCGUAAGUUUUCCUUUCAUCCACCGAAGGGUGCACGAAUUUUGUUCCCGCGGAAAUCAAACUCUGUGCGGUUCUCCCUUCACUUGCCAUGCUGCUCUGGCUCCCCACUUGAACUACAACGGCCCAUUUCAUCCUCCAAGGAGUUAAUUGAGCGAUUGUUGGCUCGCAAAGACCUGACUGAAGAGGAGGCUGAGGCUUCACUUAACUUGUUGCUGAAUAAUGGCAGUGAUGCUUUGAUCAGUGCUUUUCUUGUCCUCUUAAGAGCCAAAGGCGAAACCUUCGAAGAAAUUGCAGGAUUUGCAAGAGCUAUGAUCAAAUGCUGCAAAAAAGUGGAGAGUUUAGAGAAUUCAGUGGACAUAGUUGGAACAGGAGGUGAUGGGGCUAACACGGUAAAUAUUUCAACCGGGGCCGCGAUUCUUGCCGCUGCUUGUGGUGCUAAAGUUGCUAAGCAAGGUAAUCGAUCAAGUUCUUCUGCUUGUGGAAGUGCUGAUGUUUUGGAAGCCUUAGGUGUGGCCAUUGACUUGGGACCUGAGGGGGUGAAAAAAUGCGUGGAAGAAGUUGGCAUUGGUUUCAUGAUGUCUCCUAACUAUCAUCCAGCAAUGAAGAUUGUUGCACCUGUGAGGAAAAAGCUCAAAGUGAAGACUGUAUUUAAUACCCUCGGUCCAUUGUUGAACCCAGCACAACUACCUUUUGCUGUGGUGGGAGUGUACAAGGAAGAUAUGGUUAAAAAGAUGGCCAAUGCCCUGCAAAGAUAUGGCCUCAAAAGAGCACUAGUUGUUCACUCUGAAGGCUUGGAUGAAAUGAGUCCACUAGGACCUGGACUGAUGUAUGAUGUUACACAUGAAAAGAUCGAGAAGUUCUCUUUUGAUCCAUUGGAAUUUGGUAUACCACGCUGCACGGUGGAAAAUCUACGAGGGGGAAGCCCCCAGUAUAAUGCUACUGUACUGAGGCGAGUGCUGUCUGGUGAAGCGGGCCCUGUUGCAGAUGCAUUCGUCCUGAAUGCAGCAGCGGCAUUGUUGGUCAGUGGACACGUUAGUAACUUUGGCGAUGGCGUAGCUUUAGCCCGCAAAAAACAUCAUUCAGGGGAAGCACUAUGUACUCUCAACCGCUGGAUUAACUUGUCAGCCUUGCUGUAGAAUUUCAAAGAACCAAACAGUUUUGUUGCCUAUUAGGCAUGCUGAAAAUCAAAUUGUGCUUUUCAUGUGCAAUUGUCCACGACUCUCACGGUCAUAGCAGUAAAAUACUACCAUUCCCGAGCUUGAACAAGAGAAGUGGGUAUCUGAUGGCUCCCCUGCGCAACAGGUGCCUGGUUGAGCUUAUGCGAUAGAGCUUAUUAGAAAAAGGUCCAGAGCUAUCUUUAUAAAGAUGCAUCUGCUGACCAUCAUGUUACACCACCAAAACUUUUACAACUGGUAUUCUUGUGAAUUUGGUCAAGUACAAGCUAAAUUGGUGUCCUUGGCGAA